CCGCUGGUCGCCAAUCACCGUGCGGUGGAGAGGCGGGCGCUCGGCUCCGGCGAGCUGGGGGAGCCAGCUGGCGCUGCUUUCCCCGGGAGCCUCAGACGCUCGCACAGACCCAGACAGACACACAGACUGGCGGGCAAGCGCGCGGGCAGGCACGGACAAAGUCCCCCGGCCGUUUGCGCUCUGAGGCGCGCGCCAGCCCCGGCCCGGGGAGCCCCCUGUGCCCCGCGGGGAGCCGCAGGCGGCAGCUCCGCAGCCGGCGCCGGCAGAAGGAGGGCGCGCAGGCGGUCGGAGGUGGCGAGGCCUCGGCGCGCCGGGCCCGCGAUGUGAGCGGCGGCGGCUCCCACCUGGCGCCGCACCUGGAGCGCCUCGCUCCGGGGCGGCGGGGAGAAUGUGCGCCGUCCGCAGCCGCCGCACCCGCACCUGACCAUGGAGUGCGCCCUCCUGCUCGCGUGCGCCCUCCCCGCCGCCGGCUCGGGCCCGCCGUGGGCUCCGGCGGGACUGGGGCGUGUGGCCAAGGCGCUCCAGCUGUGCUGCCUCUGCUGUGCGUCGGUCGCCUCGGUCUUAGCAAGUGACAGCAGCAGCGGCGGCAGCGGAUUAAACGACGAUUACGUCUUUGUCACACCGGUAGAAGUGGACGCGGGCGGGUCUUACAUUUCACACGACAUUUUGCACAGCGGCAGGAGAAAGCGAUCCGCGCUGGGUGCCAGCAGCUCCCUGCAUUACCGAUUUUCAGCAUUUGGACAGGAACUCCAUUUAGAACUUAAGCCCUCGGCGAUUUUGAGCAGUCACUUUAUUGUCCAGGUACUUGGAAAAGAUGGUGCUUCAGAGACUCGGGGACCCAGGGUGCAGCAAUGUUUCUAUCAGGGAUUUAUCCGAAAUGACAGCUCCUCCUCUGUCGCUGUGUCUACUUGUGCUGGCUUGUCAGGUCUGAUAAGGACACGAAGAAAUGAAUUCCUCAUCUCACCAUUACCUCAGCUGCUGGCCCAGGAACACAACUACAGCUCACCUGCCGGCCACCACCCUCACGUACUGUACAAAAGAACCGCUGAGGAGACGGUCCAGCGUUACCAUGGCUACCUGGGCUCCAGCCAGUAUUAUCCGGGUCACACUCCAAGACACACUCCCCACACGUACCAGAGUCAAGAAACAGACCAUCACCAUCGAAGGUUGCAAAAGCAGCAUUUUUGUGGACGACGCAAGAAAUAUGCCCCCAAGCCGCCCACCGAGGACACCUAUCUCAGGUUUGAUGAAUACGGGAGCACAGGGCGGCCCAGAAGAUCAGCUGGGAAGUCACAGAAGGGCCUGAACGUGGAGACCCUCGUGGUAGCAGACAAGAAAAUGGUGGACAAGCACGGCAAGGCCAACGUCACCACGUACAUCCUCACGGUCAUGAACAUGGUUUCCAGCCUAUUUAAAGAUGGGACCAUUGGAAGCGACAUAAACAUCGUGGUGGUGAGCCUCAUUCUUCUGGAACAAGAACCUGGAGGAUUAUCGAUCAACCAUCACGCAGACCAGUCUCUGAACAGCUUUUGUCAGUGGCAGUCUGCCCUCGUCGGGAAGAACGGCAAGAGGCAUGAUCACGCCAUCUUACUCACAGGGUUUGAUAUUUGCUCCUGGAAGAAUGAACCGUGUGACACUCUAGGGUUCGCCCCCAUCAGCGGCAUGUGCAGUAAGUACCGAAGCUGCACCAUCAACGAGGACACGGGGCUUGGCCUGGCCUUCACCAUCGCUCACGAGUCAGGGCACAACUUUGGCAUGAUUCACGACGGAGAAGGCAACCCCUGCAGGAAGGCUGAGGGCAACAUCAUGUCUCCCACGCUGACGGGAAACAACGGGGUGUUUUCAUGGUCUUCGUGCAGCCGGCAGUAUCUCAAGAAAUUCCUCAGUACACCGCAGGCCGGGUGUCUGGUGGAUGAGCCCAAGCAAACAGGACAGUAUAAAUAUCCGGACAAACUUCCAGGACAGAUUUAUGAUGCCGACACACAGUGCAAGUGGCAAUUUGGAGCCAAAGCCAAGUUAUGCAGCCUUGGUUUUGUGAAGGACAUCUGCAAGUCACUUUGGUGCCAUCGAGUGGGCCACAGGUGUGAGACCAAGUUUAUGCCUGCAGCAGAAGGGACCAUUUGUGGCUUGAGUAUGUGGUGUCGGCAAGGCCAGUGUGUGAAGUUCGGGGAGCACGGGCCCCGGCCCGUCCACGGCCAGUGGUCCGCCUGGUCAAAGUGGUCGGAGUGUUCCCGCACUUGCGGUGGAGGAGUCAAGUACCAAGAGAGACACUGCAACAACCCCAAGCCUCAAUACGGUGGCAAGUUCUGUCCGGGUUCUAGCCGAAUUUAUCAGUUGUGCAAUAUUAACCCUUGUCAUGAAAACAGCUUGGAUUUUCGAGCCCAGCAGUGUGCAGAAUACAACAGCAAACCUUUCCGUGGAUGGUUCUACCAGUGGAAGCCCUACACGAAAGUGGAAGAGGAAGACCGAUGUCGACUGUACUGCAAGGCUGAGAACUUUGAAUUUUUUUUCGCAAUGUCCAGCAAGGUGAAAGACGGAACUCCUUGCUCCCCAAACAAAAAUGAUGUUUGUAUUGAUGGGAUUUGUGAACCAGUGGGAUGCGAUCAUGAACUUGGCUCUAAAGCAGUUUCUGAUGCCUGUGGCGUUUGCAAAGGUGAUAAUUCAACUUGCAAGUUUUAUAAAGGCCUGUACCUCAACCAGCACAAAGCAAACGAGUACUAUCCAGUAGUCACCAUCCCGGCGGGCGCCCGGAGCAUCGAAGUCCAGGAACUGCAGACAUCCUCCAGUUACCUCGCGGUCCGAAGCCUCCAUCGAAAGUACUACCUAACAGGGGGCUGGAGCAUCGACUGGCCUGGGGAGUUCCUCUUCGCGGGGACCGUGUUUGAGUACCAGCGCGCCUUUAACCGCCCCGAACGUCUGUACGCACCGGGACCCACUAAUGAGACGCUGGUCUUUGAAGUUCUGAUGCAAGGCAAAAAUCCGGGGAUCGCCUGGAAGUACGCCCUGCCCAGGGCCGCGAACGGGACGCAGCCGGCGCCGAAAAGACACGUCCACUCCUGGAGCACAGUGCGGUCCGCCUGCUCCGCCUCCUGCGGCGGAGGUUACAUAAGUGUAAAGGCCAUUUGCUUACGAGAUCAAAAUACUCAAGUCAAUUCCUCGUUCUGCAAUGCAAGAACCAAGCCAGCAACUGAACCCAAAGUAUGCAACGCUUUCUCCUGCCCUGCCUACUGGAAGCCGGGCGAGUGGAGCGUGUGCAGCCGGCCGUGUGCGGGGGGCCAGCAGAGCCGGAAGAUCCAGUGUGUCCAGAAGCAGCCCUUCCAGAAGGAGGCGGCCGUGCUGCACUCCCUCUGCCCCGUGAGCACACCCACGCAAGUGCAAGCCUGCAACAGCCACGCCUGCCCCCCGGAGUGGACCUCCGGGCCCUGGUCCCAGUGUUCCAAGACCUGCGGGCGAGGCGUGCGGAAACGCGCGGUGCUGUGCAGAAGCGCCUCCGCGGCGGAGGGCCUGCCGGACAGCCUGUGCGCCGGCGCCCCCAGGCCGGAGUCGCAGGAGGGCUGUGUCCUGGGCCGGUGCCCGAAGAACAGCCGGCUACAGUGGGCCGCCUCCUCGUGGAGUGAGUGUUCCACGACCUGUGGUCUGGGUGUGAGGAAGAGGGAGAUGAAGUGCAGCGAGAAGACCUUCCAGGGAAAGCUGAUAACUUUCCCAGAGCGAAGGUGCCGCAACAUUAAGAAGCCAAACCUGGACUUGGAGGAAACCUGCAACCGAGGGGCCUGUCCGGCUCGUUCGGGGUACGGUGUGGCAGCUGGAUGGUACUCAUCGCCAUGGCAACAGUGCACGGUGACCUGUGGAGGAGGGGUCCAGACCCGAUCCGUCCACUGUGUGCAGCAGGGCCGGCCCUCCGCCGGUUGUCUGCUCCGACAGAAACCUCCAGCGAUGCGAGCCUGCAACACUAACUUUUGCCCAGCUCCUGAAAAGAGAGAGGAUCCAGCCUGUGUGGAUUUCUUCAGCUGGUGUCAUCUGGUUCCUCAACACGGUGUCUGCAACCACAAAUUUUACGGCAAGCAGUGCUGUAAGUCAUGCACGAGGAAAAGCUGACCCCAGCCCACCCCCUGCUGCCCCUCCAGUGCCUGAGGGCCAGGGGCUCACCUUCCAGAUCCGUGACGGCUGAAGGCCGCAGCAGCUCACCAGUGGUCUGCGGCGUGGAGGGGCCCACUCCGAAGAACAGGUGGGCUUCUUUUCCAGUUCCCCCGAGCACAUGGUACUCUGAAGCACUUGAAAAUGGGAAGCGACGACAAAUCUGACAGAGAAACAAAAAUGAAAACGACAUGGAUUUGCACUGUGUGCAUGGAAGGAGUGAGGAGUCACACUGAGAUAGGUGAACUCUGAGUUUGGUCGAAGUGAGAAUCCAGCCAACUUUGGCCAUAUCCCCCUUGGCGUCUGAAAGGGUUCCGUGGCAAAGACAUCAGUUUUGGAAAGGCCCUUUAUGACUUCAGGUCGUAGGCUGAGAGUUGGAGGAUCGGACACGGACGGGACGUUUACUUGGAGCUCACGGUUUGGCUGGAGCUGUGGACAUGCCGAGCCAGGAGCUGGCCAGGAAGCCCACUGGUGCUCACAGUGGUGCGUGCUGCUGGACGGGCAGGCAUCACGUUAUGUUUAUUUAGUGUGCGUGUGUUUUUAUUAUUUUGUUUAAAGUAUAUUCUGCUUAUAGAGAGUCUCCAAGACUAAAAUUCACAACUUGAAAAGGAAUAUUCUAAAAACACGGCAACAUGGACUAUUUAAGAUUGCCGUUUCAUUGAAAUUCACACUCUGGGGAUAAAAAACAAAAGCUCAUAAGAAGGGUAAAUCUUAAUGCCCCGCACAUUAUAUCAACCUCGUAACUUUUGGUGCUAGACAGGAUCCUCUAGUCUGCUCUUUGGGAAUCAGAAUUGGUGAAAUGUUUAUUUCUGGUAAAAAUCUAGGAGGAGUUAAAUAGCAGUGUGCUGAAAGAGAGGAGGCCAUUAUUUGUAAUGCUCCCUACUUAUUAUCAUAGCUGCUUGGAAAAUUAAAGGCCACUUGUGGGUUUUCUUCCUACCAACUGACAUGUUUAAAUUUGCCCUAGGAUUUGGUUUACAAGAAAAAAGUCAUCGUGGCAAGAGUGAAGUCCAUCUGUCUUCUUGCUACAUUAAUAUUAAUAAAUCAUAAUAUGGCAAAACUGUUUAAUGAAUAAGAGUAUUUUCCAAUCUUUCAGAUGAUAUUUUCAGUCUUCAAAGGCCAGCUGUCGGUUGGCACUAAUGAGCUUAAAAUUGUUCUCAAUUGCAAAAACACCACACUAAUUUGCCAAAACCAAAGUAACUUACAAGACGGAGUCCUCCUGUAAUUUUUUGAGCUGUGGUUAUAAAGGACAUAUUUAUAUAAUUCUACCCUAGUCCUCAAUUUUUUGAUGAAUGUAACCCAGUUUUACUGCUUUAAAAAGUUUCGAUUCAAACAGGGGUUUGCCAGCUCAGCACAACCAACUGGACAGCGGUCCGUGGAACUCGGGGCAUCCCUGGUUCCCACUCUCACUGAACCGUGCGCUCUCAAACCUCUGAGGAAUGAUCAGGACAUUGUCUCAGCUCUCUUGGCCUAGAUUAGUGGUCAUUUUAUCAUCAGAAAAAAAGAUUUAU